UGCGAUUUGUCCACUCUAGCUUGUAGUCAGCCCCCCCAAGCGUCUGACGAUGCUGCCCGUCUUGCAGGACUGAAGCGAUCAAGUGGAUCGUACUUGUUGCGCUUGAGAGGAGCUAACAAAGACGCCGUUGCCCCACCCCAACCGCCACCAUGUCUGGCGCCUUUGACGAGUCGGCCAGCCUGGAGGAGAACACCGACAGUUUCUGGGAGGUGGGGAACUACAAGCGUACUGUGAGGCGAAUCGACGAUGGUCACAGACUCUGUAAUGACCUCAUGAGUUGCAUCCAGGAGAGAGCUAAGAUCGAGAAAGCCUACUCCCAGCAGCUGACUGAGUGGUCCAGGAGAUGGAGACAGCUGGUAGACAAAGGUCCUCAGUACGGCACGGUAGAACGUGCUUGGAUGUCGCUGAUGAUGGAGGCAGAGAAGGUGAGCGAUCUUCAUCAUGAAGUGAAGAACAACCUGAUGAGCGAGGACUUUGAGAAAGUGAAGAACUGGCAGAAGGACUCAUACCAUAAACAGAUGAUGGGAGGCUUUAAGGAAACCAAAGAGGCAGAUGAAGGAUUCAAAAAAGCCCAGAAGCCCUGGGCUAAAAAGUUGAAGGAGCUUGAGGCCGCCAAAAAGUCAUACCACGUGGCCUGCAAAGAGGAGAAGCUGGCAUCUACCAGGGAGGCCAACGGCAAGAGCGACGCCUCAGUGACUGCCGACCAGCUGAAGAAACUCCACGAGAAAGUGGACAAGUGUAAACUGGAUUCACUGAAGGCCAAGGAAAAGUAUGAAAAAGCUCUGGACGAGCUUAGUAAGUGCACACCUCAGUACAUGGAGAACAUGGAGCAGGUCUUUGACCAGAGUCAGCAGUUUGAAGAAAAGAGGCUGAGCUUCCUCAGGGAGGUGCUGCUGGACGUCAAGCGCCACCUCAACCUCACAGAGAACCAAAGAUAUGAGUCAGUGUACGAGGAACUUGAACACACCAUCACAUCGGCCAGUGCUCAAAAAGAUCUACAGUGGUUUAACGACAACCAUGGCCCCGGCAUGCACAUGACCUGGCCGCAGUUUGAAGAGUACAACCCAGAUCUUACCCACAGCAUCACCAAGAAGGAAAAGGCAAAGAAAGGCAGCGAUUCCAUCAUGUUGACCAAUGUCACAGCAACAGCUGACCAGGCCCAAGCCGGAGACGAGGGAAACAUGAGCAGCUACGAAAAGAACCAGGCGCACAGGGCUUCCAACGAGUGGUCCGACGAAGACCAGAUGGCGCCAAACUCGGCAGGCGACACCAACGGCGCCGCUAACCCUUUUGACGACGACUCGGCCAAUGGCGUCAGAGUGCGAGCGCUGUACGACUACGAAGGCCAAGAGCAGGACGAGCUCAGCUUCCGAGCAGGUGACACACUGACAAAACUGGAGGAGGAGGAUGAGCAGGGCUGGUGCAAAGGUCGCCUGGACAGCGGCCAGCUGGGUCUCUACCCGGCUAACUACGUGGAGCCCAUCUAAAACUCACUGCCAUGGACGCUGGGAAAAAACUCUUAACUGGACUGAAUCGUCCAAGCGUGGAUGCACGUUGACCGGCUUUUUCGAGCUCCCGGUUUCCCCGUUCGGUAUCAUGCAACUCCUAAUUUUGCAUUUCUAUGAGACGUACGUUCUUCAAAGCGGUGCCUGGGUUAGCAAGAACGAGCUAUGCAUUGUGCAUUCCGUGUAUAUAUUUACAUUUUUUUUUUUUUUUAUCAUCUGGAUGCUUGUACAGAGUUCAUACCUCAUGUGUUUUCUGUCAUUGUGAGUUCUUGACAUGUUUAGCCUUAAAGGGAGAUUCCAAUUUGAGAUCUCACGCUACAGACAGACUUCUUUAGCAUUCACGUUCCACACCUUCAGUGAACCUAACGCUUGUUUUUCGAAUGUGGGAGGCAAUGUAGAACCACGAAAAUGUGAGGCACAUUUGCUGACCACUAGGGCAGCUUGCUGCCAAUCACUCAACAACUGAGUGGCAAAAAAUAAAAAUGCUUUGACAUUUUUAUGCUGAGUUCAGUGGUACGGAUGUGGAGCGGUGUCCGUAUGGAUUUCGUAGACUUCCCACGGACUGAGUUGCGUGAGCUGUACACGUCCAGAAAUGUGCACCCGUGAGACGGACGGCAAGAUCACGUGGCUUCACGCUGAAGAGUUCAUUUGCCGCCAUAGCAACCUUGUAUGCAGAGCUACUUGGAAACAAUAGCCACACAUUUAUAUUAAUACACAUUUUGGUCAUUAUUUCUGGGACUUUGGCUUUUCUAAUGUGGUUAAGUACAUUUUGUGUUUAAAUAAUAGUGUUAGUUUGUCAUGAUUAAUUUAUUUGUAGCCCAUUUUUAAAUGUUCGACUCAUGUCAAUCUAUGUCAUUAAUUAGCUUCCCAAGACACCAUAGAUUUUUAAUCAUCAUUUGAUCGAUAUCUAAUAAAUAUGUUUGUAUCUGUCUUUUUUUAUAAUGGUUUUGAAUUAUGCUGGAUCUGAGUCCGCA